GAGAGAGAAGAUCUCUUUUGCGGGGAGGGGAGGGAAUACUACCCCCUCUAGCUCCCCCACUCCUCCACAGCUGUUUCAAAGUGUACGACGACGAAAUCAGACGAAAUGGAAAUGGUGUCGCCUGCGUUAAGUUAAAAUUCUGUGAAUGAUUUGCCUUGCAAUUUUUUCAAGAAGCAACGAAAAUGGAGUACAAGAUUGAUUGGAUAUUUCCUAAACUUCGAAAACCAUAUCGAGUCUGUUGGAAUAUUGCCAGUUCGAUAACUGUCGUUGCCGUUGGAAUUUUUAGCAAAUUGUUUUUAGAAUGGCUCAACACCACUAAAGUUUACAACCGAGAAGUCAUAUCCAGGGCAUUGGACAAGAGGCCAAAAAAUAUCCCUCUCAUUACUGUUUCCAACCAUCAUUCAUGUUUUGAUGAUCCAGGUCUUUGGGCAAGCUUAGAGUGGAGACAUCUUCUCAACAGAAGAAAAAUGCGCUGGUCGCUAGCUGCUCAUGACAUUUGCUUCACGAAUACUCUACAUUCUUACUUUUUCAUGCUGGGAAAGUGUGUUCCUGUUAUAAGGGGUAGUGGCGUUUACCAAGAUGCAAUUAACUUCUGCAUUGAGAAGCUGAAUGAAGGUGAGUGGGUUCAUGUAUUCCCAGAAGGCCGAGUGAAUAUGACUAAAGAGUUUAUUCGAUUAAAGUGGGGGGUAGGACGAAUGGUUUAUGAGUCCCCCAAUGUUCCACUUAUCAUUCCGAUGUGGCAUGAAGGAACUGAUACAGUGUUACCAAAUGAACCGCCGUAUUAUUUAAGAGUUGGGAAAAAAGUUACAUUAGUGUAUGGUGAGCCAUUGGAUUUGUCGACCCUGGUGAAGGAACUGAAACAGAAAAAUGCAAGCGAAAUUGAAGCAAGAAAAGCCAUCACUGAUGCAAUCCAAAGUGAGCUUAUGAAACUAAAAGAACAAACUGAGAAAAUGCAUUCGAGGUCUUGACAUAUGUUUUUGUAUCACUUCAAGUGAUUGACUGAUCUCAUGUGGAAGUGAGAUCAGUGCAUGUUGUAAAUUUUUUUUUAUUGUUUCAAAGUUGUUUUGUUAUAUAUUUUUAAUUGUCCUACCCAGGGUCUCUGUUAAAAGAAAAAAACUAUUGAAUCCAAAUAAGCAGCCUGAUAUAUUCAGGAACUUGCCCAUAAAUUAUUGAACUCAUUUUGCUCAGCUUCAUUUUGUAGGUGAUAUCUAUAUGCUUGUGGAAUUAAUAUGCAGCAAAACCAAAGCUAUGCUGAGAUAUGUUAAGUAACAUUAGGAAGUUGAUUUUCUUUUGAGAACAAAUUGUGCAGUACAAAAAAAAAAAGGAAAAAAAAAAGGCAUGUCUAGUCCGCCUGACAAGGCAUAUUGGUUCAACCAUUCCUUUUCCCCUGCCUUCAAGUAAGCCUCUAAAAUUGCUACAUUAUUUGUUGAUUGUGAUGUCACAUUAUCUCAUAUUUAUAAUGUGUUCUCUUAUUGUAAUGACUGUCAUGUUCGCAACUUCAGCUGUAGUAGCACACAAACAUUUCCCAUUCCUUACCUGUUUACAUCAUUAAUUUAUCCUGUUUAGUUUAUUUUCUAGAAGUGUGUGUUGUGCUAUGGGUAGUCAACCAAGAUUUGUCUGUUCAUUUCACCUCAAAUGUAAUCCAAAUGUUUUGUGUAGUUGCUAACAUUACUAAAGAGUAUGGUGUUAAGAAAUAUGAUUGAAAUCUGCAUAGAAAGGCAGACUUUGUUGUGAUGAGUUAACUAUAGGGGAGUAGCAUUGGUGUAAUUUUAUGAUACCGGCAGUUCUACUUUGAAUCGUAUAAACACUAUAUAAAUAUAGAUAUAUAUAUAUAUAGACAUGUAAUUUAUGGAAAAAAAAAGUAUGACAAUACAUCUAUAUUCUUGCAUGCAUGCUGGCUGACCACUCUAUAUUACCAUCAAUUACUGGACUGCUAAAUGGUGAUACCUUCAACUGUUUAGAUACCAAGUCAUCUGAUUGUUUGAUAAACAUUUUUAUUUAGCCUACUACCAGCAGUAAAACUAUUAGCAAAAAAUAAAUGCCUGUUAUUGUUAUAAAAUCUUUCUUCUGUGGAUUGUGAAGGAGAGGAAUUCAUCCCUCUCUAUAGGAGUAUGGGAUUGUGCAAAGGUACAGCAUAUUUCAUGCUUUAAAAAAAAAAGUGCCCUAUGCAUUAUCAGAGCUUAUCACAGUAACUUAUAUUAUAGAUGUUUAAAUUGAAGAGGGCAUCUGACUGACAUUAUGUUUAUGCAUUUUAUUUCAUUUCGGGGUGACUAUCAAUGCAGUACAUAGUAAUAUUGAAAAACUGAGGUUAACAAGGUUGGAAUUGUUUUAAUUGCAUUCCAAGAUACAAAAAGGGAUUCUUGCUUAAAUGACUAGUUUUUUUUUUCUUCAUGUCAAAGGAUUACUACAAUUAUCAGUAAGGGGACCAUCAUGUACUUCUUUGAAUCCCAGAAUGUUAUUUUUUCCUGUACCAUAUGGGCACUCUUUGCAAAAUAAGGUGAUAAAGUGGAAUUCUAAAAAUAUUUGACCAAUCUAGAGUGAGCAAUUUUGUAGUUGCCUGCCUUCACUAGCCUCACUUGUCUUCAAUUGUAAUGCUUCAAACACCCAAGUGCAUACAUGUGCACUGCUAGUACUUGUUUAACAUUUCUUUUCUUUUUGUCGGGGGGGAGGGGGGGGGGGACAAUAGAUUAGCAUUUUGUUAAGACAAUUUUUCAACUGCAUUCUACUUUUUUAAAUUUGUAUAGACUGUAGAAUAGUCUUGGUGUGGCAACUCUCAAUUUAAAACAACUCAACAAAGUGUGAUUGAAUUAAAUUGGUCUUCAUCCUUAAGCUCUCUG